CAACCACAACUCAAAUGUGGCCGGCGAUUUCUGUUUUGAUGCGGAAUUCGAAGCCCCUCAAACUGUAUCGUUUGAUCAAGUUACUAUGAAUAUCAUAAAACAGAAUAAAGCGCUAUGCUCAGGUUGGGGCAAGAUUGUGCGCUUCGACGUGAUAAACCUGGUUUUCAUCUGGGUGUCGACCUUGCUCUAUGGGUUGAAUAUCGUGUUCUUCGCAGUCAGCCUCUAUAUCCUUGCGUCCAAGUCAUCGAAUGGCGGGAAGCCAUAUGUUCUUCUCUUAUCAAGCACCUUUAUCUUUGUCCUCGCGACGAUACACAUAGGAAUGAGCCUGGCUCAGUUGUUGCAGGCUUUCACAGAUGAAUCCGUCACCUCUGCGCCGGAUGGCUCCAUCAUUUACUGGUUUGACAUCAUUCUCCCUGUCGCACAGGCCAAAUUCUAUAUUCAAGUCUUUGCGGACUCGGUCCAAAACUGGGUGCUCAUAUGGAGGUUCUACGUUGUAUGGGGUCGUAAUUGGAAAAUGCUUGUAAUUCCGUCCAUUAUCGAGCUCGUUCAUCUCAUCUUGGGGAUCGUCGACACUUCGCGAACAGACAGAGGUCACGACAGCACCCCUCUCGAUAUUCUCCAAUUUUCGUGCUGCACGGCAGUCAAUAUCAUAUGCACGCUCGGCAUCGUCGUCCGACUCUGGAACGCCUCACGGUCAUCUCCACUGGGUGGAGUCUGGAUCAGUUCACGGAAGGGCGAGGACUACUACCUUCACACGAUCUUCAUCGUUCUCGAGUCCGGCGCGCUCUUCACCAUCUUCAGCAUGUUUACCCUCGUCAUCUACUGCAUACAGACGCCAACAUCGGACGCAAUCAUAGAGGGCGCUUUCGACGUCAAUGUGCAGGUCGCCCUUCUCGCGCCGUUGCUCAUUCUUUUGCGGGCGCAUUUCGGCGUUUCGCAUGGACUGUGGAAGUCGCAGGGAAAGGCUAAGCACGGCCCUUCAUCGAACCGCAUGGAUGGACGCACGGUGCAACUGGAAUCAUUCGGCAGAACAAGCCGCGACCAGGCCAAUUCUGUCUAUUGCGUACGCCCGACUACGAGCAGCAUAACGGACGUAGCAGACGAAGUCAAGUACAACUCGGGUGCCGUAGGUUCUGAUCAUGCUUUGUAUCUCGGACAGGGGACGCAUCCUCCCAACGUAGAAAGCGGCUCCGCUGUUUAAUCUACUCACUUGUCUCGUCAACCUUCACUUUAUUUGGUCAUGGAUGUAGGUCACCAAUGUAUUUCGAGAACGCUAUGUCAAACAUUGUCCGCACCGAAUGGCUCUCCUAUGCUGGACUUGAGGCUACAAAACAAGUCGGCGUCCCGCACGUCUGCAUCCAUUCCUUCGACGAUGGGCAUGACACCGCACCCCGC